AUGACUGCUAGUGAAAGUGUGAAAACGUUUCUCGUUACUAACUCUCCAUAUCCUUGUUUGUGUGUACUGUGUCAAAAAACUCUGAGUCUGGGGAAUGACUCAUUGAAGCCAAGCCUACUUACUCGACAUCUUGAGAGAGCUCAUCCAGAGGUCAAAGACAAAGACCUUAAUUUUUUUAAACGUAAAGAAGAAGUGUUAAAGAAGCAACGACUGGAUCCAAGUGGGAGGAUUUUCCAACAAAACAGUGCAGUGGUGCAGGCAUCUUAUGAAGUUUCACUUAUGAUUGCCAAACAAAAGAAAGCUCAUACCAUUGGGGAAAACCUUGUUCUUCCAGCUGCAAAAGCAAUGGUGCGUUGUGUCCUUGGAGAUGAAUCAGAAAAAAAGCUCAACUCUAUCUCCUUGUCAAACAAUACAGUACAACGACGAAUAGAAGAAAUGUCACUUGAUAUUUUUCAGCAAGUGAUUAGCGAAAUUUCUAUGUCUGAAAGUGGAUUUGCAAUUCAACUUGACGAGUCCACCGAUGUUACAAAUUGUGCUCAGCUACUAAUGUUUGCUCGGUAUGUAGGAAAUGAAGGUAUUAAGGAAGAGUUCUUAAUGAAUGCAGCCUUAGAAGCAACAACUAAAGGCGAAGAUAUUUUUCAAGUGGUAGAUUCAUUUUUCAAGAAACAUGGUUUGAAGUGGGAAAAUCUGAGAGGAUGCACAACUGAUGGGGCACCAGCAAUGUUGGGGCGAAAGUCUGGUUUUAGAGCUCGUGUCAUGGAAGUAGCACCUCAUGUGACAUUUAUGCAUUGCAUGAUACAUCGGUUUGUUUUGUCAUGCAAGGUUCUUCCUGCUGAACUAGCCAGUGUGUUAUCACUGGUGGUCAAGAUCGUUAACCAUGUAAAAGGGAGUGCUCUUAACAGCCGAUUAUUCAAACUAUUGUGUGAAGAUUUUGAUGGUAAUCACAGUGUACUUCUGUUCCAUACUGAUGUACGUUGGCUUUCCCGAGGAAGUGUCACAAAACGUAUUUAUGAGCUUCAUGGAGAAUUGCUAGAAUUUUUUCAACAUUCCCACAAGUGUGAAGAUUUCGUCACUUCCUUGAAGGAUCAUUACUUCAUGCUUAACCUUGCUUAUCUUGUGGAUAUUUUUGAUGCUCUAAAUAUGCUAAACCAGAGUCUCCAAGGAAGAGAUGUAACAGUUUGUGGCAGUAUAGCUAAACUCAAAGCAUUCAUUGCAAAACUUCGACUGUGGAGGGGAAACAUUCAGUCUGAUACCUUGGCUAUGUUUAGUAAUGUAACAGAAUAUAUAGAUCAAAAUCCACGAUCUAAGACUGACAAGUUCACAGGAUUAGUCACUGAGCAUCUUAUGAAGAUGGAAGAAGAAAUUAAUAGUUAUUUUCCAAGCCUUGAUGGAGAUGAAUUUGUAUAUCUUAGGAAUCCUUUCAGUACAGAUGCUCAGGUGUUGCAGGCUGGGACAGGUAGGCAGGAGGAGUUGGUAGAAAUGCAACAUGAUGAUUCUGCAUUACAUGUUUACUCUGAGAAAAAUCUGUGUGGUUUUUGGUUUUCAAUGAGAAACUCAUACAGACAGAUUGCUGAACCUGCUAUUCGAGCACUGUUGGUAUUUCCAUCAACAUGGCUUUGUGAGUCGGCAUUUUCAGUACUGUUAGGUAUCAAAUCAAAAUACAGAUCAAAACUCAACACACCUGAACAUGAUCUUCGUUGUGCAAUUGCUAAAGUUUCCCCUCGUAUCAGUGAGCUUGUUGCUAAAAAACAAGCUCACCCAUCUCACUAG